UUGAACGGCGGCGGGCACCGCUCUCCCCGCCGGGGCCGCCGCCGCGAUGUCCCUACAGCCCCGCCUGCUCCGCACCUACUCGCGGCGCGGCGGCCGCCUCCGCCUGCUCCCGUUGCCCGAACGGUGGAUUUCGCCGCCUCAGGACCGCAAGCGGUUCUUCAGCUCCACCUCCGCCGGCUCCAGCGCCCUCUCCUCCGCCCGUUCGGACGACUCCGAGUUCUCUCCGCCCCGCAAGCUCCGCCGGCAGCCGCAGGGUAAGCGGCCUUGGCGCUUGCGUUCCCGAGGGGGCGCGGGGAAGGAGAACCGUCCGGCGGACUCUGCCAUCCUUUCCUCUCCAUCACCGCCUCCAAAACCGCGCGGCGCCGCCGCCCGACGCCAACGCCGGGCUCCGCGGCGCCCCCUGCGGGGCAACGGGGAACAGCGCCCCGGGGAGCAGCGGCCCCUGCGGAGCGGCGGGGAACAGCGCCCGCUGCGGGGCAACGGGGAGCAGCGCCCCCUGCGGAGCGGCGGGGAGCAGCGCCCCCUGCGGAGCGGCGGGGAGCAGCGCCCCCUGCGGGGCAGCCCCGGGGAGCAGCGCCCCCUGCGGGGCAGCCCCGGGGAGCAGCGCCCGCUGCGGGGCAAUGGGGAGCAGCGCCCCCUGCGGGGCAAUAGGGAGCAGCGCCCCCUGCGGGACAGCCCCGGGGAGCAGCGCCCCCUGCGGGGCAAUGGGGAGCAGCGCCCCCUGCUGUCCAGCACCCCGCAGCCCGGGCCGGCCCCGCGGCGCCCCCUGCUGUGCAGCACCCCGCAGUGCAGCGCCGCGCCCCGCCGCUCCUUCACCCUGCUCAGCACCACCCUGGAGGGCGGCUCGGCGCUGGGCGACAGCCCGGAGCUCUACUCCCCACCCAGGAACGCCUCGAACGGCAGCUCUUUGCUCUUGCUGGAGUCGCUGCAGGAAGAGUGGGAGAAGCUCCCACCGUUACCGGGCACUAGCGGUGCCAGGGAAGAGCGCGCAGGAUGGUCCUGUCCGAAAGGAACGAGCAGGGAUGUUGAGCCCAGCGGGAGCUGUGAGCCCAGCCCACGGCUGGAGAAGUCCAGCAGGUUUCUGAGAGUAUCAGCAAGGAGAUCCUGCCUGGCACAAGCUCCCCUGUCCACCCCGAAAGCCACAGCGCUGCCCCCCGUUAGCCACGAGCCACGUCUCUCGGUGCCGUACAACGGAGCCGCUCCCAACGAACCCUGUGAGGACGUUGGGAGAGACUCAACGGAAGGAAUCUUGGCUUGUCAGACAAGCAAAGCCAACAAGUGCCAGCUUACACCGGUGGUGGUCUUGGACCCUCGAGAAGUAUCAGUGUGGCUGAUGAGCACGAAAUGCAACAAAAAGGUGUUUCAACCUGCCUGCCAGCAGCCAGAAUCUCCUUUGGGCCUUCAGGGAAUCUUGGAGAAUAAACAUAAACGUACCAAGGUCGCUCCUGGAGAGGGAAGUACCUGCAGGAAAGCUUGCAUCAGCGGCUUCAGUGCCAGCCGGUGGGGGAAGCAAAUAAGGCUCUGUCCAAAAAGGUACAAAAAUAAGAGGCGGCAGCAGCAUGGUGGCUCCUUUCUCAGACCCCAAGUGAGACAAAGAGGAAUGAAGAAGCGUGUUCUGGAGAUGUCUGAGGGUACAAUAGACAAUGACUAUUCGCUCCUCAACACCUCCCAUUGCUGGGGUAGAGUUCGAGCAUCUUUGUCCUUUCACAAGAAGAAGAAAGUUACCGCAGAGGAGAGUUUCUGCAACAACAUCCUCUGUAGCCCUUCUGUGAAAUCCCAGCUUUCGGUGCACCACGCAAUCCUGUCUGCUGAUAAAGCUCAGUGCAGCACUUGGUCUGCUUCCUCCAUGAUCCUGCUGGCUCCCAGGAAUUCCUGUUCUGCCCUGGACUUCACGCUUACAGAUGCAGAGAAGGUGUUUGGGGAAUGCCAGCAAGAGGGGCCUAUUGCUUUUGAGGACUGCAUUCCUUUAGAUAAAAUGAAAGACUGCAAAAAAAUUGGAGAAGGGGUGUUCGGAGAGGUCUUCCAAAUCGACAGUGAGAGAGGACCUGUGGCUUUAAAAAUAAUUCCCAUCGAGGGGACUGAAAGAGUAAACGGUGAAGCUCAAAAGAGCUUUGGGGAGAUUCUUCCUGAGAUAAUAAUUUCAAAAGAACUCAGUCUUCUGUCUGAUGAGCUCGUUAACAGGACUGUUGGGUUCAUCAGCUUGUACUCCGUGCACUGUGUUCAAGGGGCCUAUCCUAAGUAUCUCCUGGAAGCCUGGGACAAAUACCACCAAGAAACGGGAUCAGAAAAUGAUCGGCCCGACCUUUUUGGGGACGAGCAGCUCUUCAUGAUUCUGGAGUUUGAAUUUGGAGGCCAUGACUUGGAGAACAUGAGAAACAGGCUCAGUUCAGUGGCCUCAGCGAAGAGCAUUUUGCACCAGGUCACUGCUGCCCUGGCUGUGGCAGAACAAGCACUGCACUUUGAGCACAGAGACUUACACUGGGGGAACGUGCUGGUAAAGAAAACAGAUGUAAAAGAGCUGAAUUACGUGCUGAACGGCACAACGCACACCAUCCCCACAUCAGGGAUUCAUGUCAACAUCAUAGAUUAUACCUUGUCUAGGCUGGAGAAAGACGGGUUAACUGUGUUUUGUGACCUUUCUGCUGAUGAAGAGCUCUUUCAAGGCACAGGGGACUACCAGUUUGAUAUCUACAGGCAAAUGAAAGCAGAGAACUCCAACAACUGGACUGAUUAUCACCCACACAGCAACGUCCUCUGGCUGCACUACUUGUCAGACAAACUGUUGAAAGGCAUGAGCUACAAGAAAAAGGAAUCCACUUCUACCUUGAGGAAAAUAAAGUGGCAGCUCAGUAAGUUCCACAAAGAGGUACUGACCUUCUCGUCUUCCAACGAGGUUCUACAGAAAAGCAGCCUCUUCCAGUGAGCGAGGGCGUGCAAUGUUCAGGAACUCUAAUCACUAAGGGAGACUUUCUCUGUGCUGUUUUAGACGUAUGAUCUUUUUAAAUGUUGGCACAACAAAGAAGUGUUUUGGUCAAUGCGCAUAAUUGUCAAAUAUGUCAAAAAAAAACCAAAAAAAGAGUCUUUUUGUCUUGAAGAUAUUUCCAUAUGUACUUUCUUUUGAGUGGUGACGGCAGGGAGAGAACAGAGUUGACAUUUGAGGUGGGACGGGGAGAGACUUCUUGGGGCUCAGUUAAUGUUUUCACUUCCACAUAAGUUUUCCUACCUUUUUAGUCUUAGAUUAUUAAAAGUUCUUUUCUUACUAUAGUGUCUUUCUUAUAAAUUCUUGGUUUUUUAAGAAAAAAACUGCAGUUCUGGCCAGAGAGGACAAAGGUAAGUGUUCUCAGCCCAGAUGGGGACAGAGAAGGGGAAAACCUCACCUCUUGCCUUAAUUUUAAGAAUUAACUUUUCUUCAGUUAGGCAAAAUUGGUACCUGGAAUGCUGCUACAAAAUGUUAAUAUAUAAAGUUUCUGUAGUGUAGGUCUUAAAAACACUCUAAUCUGCAAUAAUAUGAUUUUUUUUCUCUCUGUAAGGACCAGUGAAGAGAGAUUGGAUUAUGAAAAAAAAGGAAAAAAGUACCUAUGUUCCUGGUGCAUUUUCAACUGUUAUUAUGUUGUCACCUUGUAUGAUGAGAGGAACUCAAAUCUGUAACUUGAUGGUAGCAUUAAAGAGAUUUUCCCCAUUUAUCUGCAGAAGAAAAUGCACAAGGUAAUAGGUGUUCUUUAGUCCCAAUUGCAGAUGGAUCAGACAGCCUAAAUUUGGAGCAGUACUUACAUUGAAUUUGAAUUCUUUGUUUUCGCUAACAUUCACGUACCUUAAAGAAGCUGCUCUGAACAGAACAAUAAAUCAAGCUAAGGGAAAAGUGAAUUAGAUUAUUAAAAUUGGUACAUCCAAUGACCCAGAUGCAUUAGGUAAUUAAGAGGCAGCAUAAUCAGAUUUGUUAUAACUGGAGUGCUGUCUCUGUAUAUGCAGUCUAUCAAUUAGAUGCAUUUUGAGCCUAUCUUGAAGUCUGCUUUUUACAAGCGAAGCAGUUAGAGACCCCAGUUACGCCCCUGCCCAUGGUAUGAUAUUAUUGUUCUGUCUUCCAGACUCUACUUUUGCUGUCGAGUACGACAGAAAGUGACUUGCCCAUCUGCACUGCUUGAAGUUAUUGAGAUGGAAAUUGUACUGGAAUCUUGCCA